GUUUGAUUCGAUCUCUGAAAAAAAAAAAAGCGAAAAAACCAGAAUCGUCUCUGCGACGGUCUUGAAUUCGAGAGGUGAAAAGAGAUUAGAUGGAGGGAGAUGGAAGAAGGAGAUUGUCGAGGGGAAUGCUUCCUAUUCUAGGGCUUCACGUGGUGAACGAGUAUUACAGAUUGGAGAGAAAGCCUCCCGUGACAGCAGGCCUUCUCCUCGCAAAUACCCUCAUCUAUUUGAGGCCUGGUUUUCUCAAUAAUUACCUCCCUACCCUCAACCAGGUCUGGUUCAACCCCAAUCUCAUCGUCAAGAACAGGGAUCUCAAGCGCUUCUUCUUAUCAGCUUUCUACCACAUGAAUGACUCCCACCUUGUCUAUAACAUGCUGUCACUUCUGUGGAAAGGGAUCCAGUUGGAGACUUCUAUGGGUAGCAUUGAGUUUGCGACUAUGAUAGCAGAAUUAGUCGCCAUGUCCCAAGGUAUCACAUUACUCCUCGCGAAGUCUCUACUCCUCUUCGAUUAUGACAGAGCCUACUACUACGAACAUGCUGUUGGAUUCUCUGGUGUCCUCUUUGCCAUGAAAGUUGUUCUCAAUUACCGUUCCAAUGACUAUACAUACGUGCAUGGACUGAUAGUCCCUGCACGUCAUGCUGCCUGGGCUGAAUUGAUUCUCAUUCAAUUAUUUGUGCCGGGUGUGUCCUUCCUUGGCCACCUUGGUGGGAUACUUGCCGGCCUCCUCUACCUUCGUUUGAGGCGUUCCUACACGGGCGCUGACCCAGUGACGACCGUUGUAGGAAAUAUUGUCGGGCUUCUGAGCUGGCCUCUGAAGUUUGUCCGUGAUUUGUUUCGGUACCGUCGGAGGCGGAUUUCCGGCAGGGGCACCAUUGGAGGAAGACAAACUGGGAGGAAUGUGCCUGAUACGUGGAGAUGCACAGCUUGCACUUUUGAUAAUUCUGGGCUGCUAAGCGUCUGCGAAAUGUGUGGGACAGAGAGGGAGGGUGAUGGGUUGUCAUCCAUUCAGCCCUCAAAUCGGCCUCGUGACCUUUCCUUGGAAGAAUUGCGUCGCCGGAGACUAGAAAGGUUCGGUAGAUGAUUCUGCAGCUUGUGUUUUUUUUGGUGUGGGAGGGUUGGAUGGAUGAUGAACUAAUACUAGGGUGAUAGCAGCUAUCCUCCAUGGUUUUGUUUCUGGAUUCCAACUCAUAAUGGUGUUCCACGGCCAAGCAAUUGGGAUCUCAGAUCCCAAAGAAACCUCAGAAAGGUUUCAAAAUAUGAUUAAAUGGUGAAAGACGUAGCAAGGGAUUGUGGUGGCAGGGGCUUCUGAUUUUGCUGUUGUAUGAACUGAUGUGUACAUCAUCAAUCAUUCUUUGUAAUUUUCGGUAGUUGAACGAACAUACAAUCCCAAUUUCUGCUUCGAA